GGGUCGCGCCGCCUGAAGCCCACGUGCGCACGGGACGGAGGUGGCCUCGAGCGGCUCCUGCAGGACAGCCGGCCGGGGCGGCCGCCGCGCGGCUCCCGAGGAAGGGAUUUCGGUUUCAAAGAAAGGAAGGAAGGAAGGAAGGACAACUCCCAGCCGCCCGCCCCGCCCUCCGCUCCGGCGGCCGCGCCGGGUCAUGCCCAGAAAGGCGGCGGCGGCCCAGCGCAAGGGACUUUCCUGGCAGCGCGGCGACGAGGAGCGAGGACCGUGAGUUCGCCCUGCCCCGGUUCAUGCUUCCGGCAGGCCCGACGCCGAAGCCGCUCCCCGCGUCCCGAGGAGCCUCCCGCGCCCCGUGGCUCGCGGGCCGACGCCGCGCCGCAGCCCAGCGCCCUCUGCCCGCGGCGGUGGAUGGCAUGAUGGUGCGGGGAAGGCACCGCGGCCCGGGCCAGCACUGUCGCGACGGCCGCCGGGACGGCGGUGGUGGUAGCGGGCUCCCCAGCGGCAUGCCAGUGCCCCCCGGGCGCGAUGGCUAGCGGCAGCGCGGGGAAGCCCACUGGCGAGGCGGCUUCUCCGGCUCCCGCAAGCGCCGUCGGCGGGGCCGGCUCGCAGCCGCGGAAGAGGCUGGUGUCCGUGUGCGACCACUGCAAGGCCAAGAUGCAGCUGGUGGCCGACCUGCUGCUGCUGUCGAGCGAGGCGCGGCCCGUGCUCUUCGAGGGCGCCGCCGCCGCCGGCGCGGGCGCCGAGUCCUUCGAGCAGUGCCGGGACACCAUCAUCGCGCGCACCAAGGGGCUCUCCAUCCUCACCCACGACGUGCAGAGCCAGCUCAACAUGGGCCGCUUCGGGGAGGCGGGGGACAGCCUGGCGGAACUGGGCGACCUGGUGGUGUCGCUGACCGAGUGCUCGGCCCACGCGGCCUACCUGGCGGCCGUGGCCACGCCGGGGGCGCAGCCCGCGCAGCCGGGCCUCGUGGACCGCUACCGCGUGACACGCUGCCGGCACGAGGUGGAACAGGGCUGCGCCGUGCUGCGCGCCACGCCGCUGGCCGACCUGACGCCACAGCUGCUGCUGGAGGUGUCGCAGGGCCUGUCGCGCAACCUCAAGUUCCUGACGGACGCGUGCGCCCUGGCCAGCGACCGGUCGCGCGACCGCUUCUCGCGCGAGCAGUUCAAGCUGGGCGUCAAGUGCAUGAGCACGAGCGCGUCGGCGCUGCUGGCCUGCGUGCGCGAGGUGAAGGCGGCGCCCAGCGAGCUGGCCCGCAGCCGCUGCGCGCUCUUCAGCGGGCCGCUGGUGCAGGCGGUGGGCGCGCUGGUCGGCUUCGCCACCGAGCCGCAGUUCCUGGGCCGCGCGGCGGCCGUGAGCGCCGAGGGCAAGGCGGCGCAGACGGCCAUCCUGGGCGGCGCCAUGAGCGUGGUGUCGGCCUGCGUGCUCCUGACCCAGUGCCUCAGGGACCUGGCGCAGCACCCCGACGGGGGCGCCAGGACGUCGGACCACAGGGAGCGGCUGCGGAGCUCGGCCUGCGCCGUGUCCGAGGGCUGCACCCUGUUAUCUCAGGCUUUACGGGAGAGGUCUUCGCCCCGGACUUUACCGCCAGUGAAUUCCAAUUCUGUGAAUUAGCGCCCCGUCCCCCUCUUCCCCCCAGGCCAAGGGAAGGUUCUGCUGCCCCUCUGCGUUUAUACCAAAGAGCUCACAGGUGAAGCCCACGCCUGCGCCCCGCUCAGCGCUCGAGAGGAAGCCCGGGGGGCGGGGCUGUGCGCACAGGUGACACGCCCGAAGGCCCGGGUGGCCGCCAGCCCCAGGCAGGGCUGUGCGCACAGGUGACACGCCCGAAGGCCCGGGUGGCCGCCAGCCCCAGGCAGGGCUGUGCGCACAGGUGACACGCCCGAAGGCCCGAGUGGCCGCCAGCCCCAGGCAGGGCUGUGCACACAGGUGACAAGCCCGAAGGCCCGAGCCCCGCAGCGGGGACUGGGAGGGGGAAGGUGUAUGAUCUGCUGGCUGUGGUGUUGCUCCCGCCCCCACCCAAGCCCAUCUUCCCGAAUUUCUCAACUAAAUUUUAUUAUCCAUGAGGCAGGAAGGAGGUCAUGGGUUCAUUUCUUUCUUGGUUUUGUUUCUGUCUUCUUUUAAUUAAAAGAAAGGUUACCUCAGUUUUCACUCCUUAGACGUGGAUGUAGCUACCUUUUUUGUAUGUCGUUAUUUUUUUUUAAGCAACUGUGUUGAAUUAGGAGUAUACUUGGUGUGGAAAGAGUAUGAAUUUGCCAUGUGAUUUGCAAAUGGGGGGAAAGCUACUGUGAGCGUGUGUUUUAUUUUUUAAUUUACACUAUAGAGUGAUUUUUUUUUCCCCCAACGUCAAGUUUUUACCUUGCAUGUACUGGAGUAUUUAUUUCAUCUAUUAAAAUGUUAUGUUUCUCAGA